AUGUCUAGCCCAGUUGUGUACUAUCGUUUGACCAAUGACUACAACGGACCCAGCUGGGCACUCGAUGUCGUCCCUGACAGCUCGGGCGAACUUAGCAUAGCAAGAGCCGGUGAUUACUCUGGACAACACUGGAAGCUUGUCCCCGUGAACGGUCAAGCGAACAAGUUCUACCUACGAACGCAAUACAAGGGAGACGAGCUUUCCCUUGAUAUCAUCAACGAUGGCACAAAUGACAGAGUCCACCUUGCGAAAACGGGUAACUAUACCGGGCAAUUCUGGACCUUGACGAAGGUUAGCCCUGAGAGUACGACGUUCCGGUUAAGUACAGACUUCACGGGUCCGGAUAAGUUCCUUGAUGUCUUUAGUGACAAGAUGAAGCCGAGAAUGGCGAGUGGAAAUACAACUGGUAUGAAAUGGGAGCUGACUGUGACGAAGAUUGGGAGUUGA